GGACUACAGGUCCCAGAAUGCCCUGCGCUCGGGGGGGACUACAGGCCCCACAAUGCCCUGCGCUGGGGGGGACUACAGGUCCCAGAAUGCCUUGCGCUGGUGCCGGAAGCGAGGGGUCCGAGAUGGAGGAGGCGGUCUGGUAAUCCUGCUGUCCCCAGCACUGCCCAGCUGCCAUGGCUCUGAUUGAGGGCGUGGGCGACGAAGUCACCAUCCUCUUUGCCCUGCUGCUCAUCGUGCUGGUGCUGGUGCUGGCAUGGGUCUCUACACACACCUCAGAGCGGGGCGACCAGGUCUUUGCUGCUUCCCCCCCUGUGGCAGCUGGACAGCUUGGGGCAGAGAGCCUGCUGGAGGAUGGGCCGAGGGACCCCAGCAUGCAAACCCCAGCGGCAGGGGAGCCCAAGGAGGAAGCGGAGUCGUCAGCAGGUGCCGUGCCUGAUGGGCCUGAUGGUAUUGCUGCAGAGCUGAGGCACCGGGCUGAGCCUGGAUCUCCACAGUGCCCCCUGCAGCUCCCCGGAGACACAGGUGCCAGCCCCGAGGCCACAGACAGUAGCCCCAUGGACCGCACCAUAGUGCUAAGGCUGAAGUUCCUGAACGACACGGAGCGCCUGGCCACUGUGCGCCCAGAGGAGACGGUCGGCUCUCUGAAGAGGGCCCAUUUCCCAGGCCAGGAGCACCAGGUGCGUCUGAUCUACCAGGGCCAGCUGCUGCGGGACGAUGCUCAGAGCCUGGCUGCGUUGCACCUCACCCACAACAGCGUUCUGCACUGCCACGUCUCCCAGCAUGGCCCAGCCCCCAUGGCUGCUGGCCUCCGGGCCACUGCGGACCCUGUGCACACAGCCCUCAACGUGGGCAGCCUGAUGCUGCCGCUCUUUGUGCUCAUGCUGGCUGUGCUAUGGUACUUCCAGCUGCAGUACCGGCACGUCUUCACCGCCACCGCCACCUCCUGCCUGGCUGGCCUCACCCUGCUCUUCAGCUUCAUGGCCUUCGCUCUCUACCGCAGAUAACACUGCCCACGGAGGCUCCGAACCCUGCCAGCCUGUCCUGGGCAGAGCCUGCCUGCCCGCUGCCUCUACGGCUGAGGGGAGCCGUUUUGGUGGGGCUGAUGAUAGACUCCCCCAAGUCACUGGGGCCCCAGGUCUGCUGUUGUAGCAUGAGUCCUGAUGCCCAGCAGGAGCGCAGGGGCAGUCACUGUGGCCCACAUUUCCGAGUCCCAUACCCCCACUCCACCUGGCGGCUGAGAAGAGGGACGCUGCAGUCCAGUGAGGCUCUCCCCUCCCCCAACAGCACUUGGGGGUGGUUUUGGUGAGGGUGGGAGCCAGAUCCUUAAUUGUUACAAGGGGGCAGUUUCUUCCUGCCUCUGAGGAAGGCGGGAGGACUUCGUGGUUAUAAGGAGCAAGCAGCUCUGCAGGACAGGCUGGGAUCUCCUCCUGAACUGGUUCCUCUGCCAGGCCCUGCUGCUGAGGAGUUGUGCUGUGCAAAUAGAGAAUCUGCCCAGACUCCACCCCUCCACCCCCCAUUUGCUCUUUGCACGUGCUUGUGAACAGACUGGGCCCUCGUGCUCAAUGCUUGCUCACCCACACACUGGCAUACAGUCUGGGUGCUGUUGCGUGCCCUUCUUUCCCCUGCACACUUGAGUGCUCUCACACACUCUCUCUCUCUCUCACACACACACACUCUCACACACGUUCCUUGCUGUGUGGAGUCCCGGACCUGGCAAUCCAUU